GGGACUUAACUAAGGUAGAAGCAAGACUUUACUCCAGUGAGGGUCAAUGUUAGUUCAGUGCCAAUACUUGAAGGCUGCGGUCAUCAGAUCAAGUCGAUUGACCCUUCGAUCUUAACGUCGCGACGUCGCGAACUCGUAAACAAAAGCACACCGGGCGUCCGUUUGCACCCCUACAUUAAAUAAGUUCAAAACUGCACACGUGCUUUAAUUUGCACCCUCUAAAAAAUUGGACCUUAUAUUAUUUUGACGUUUCCUAGUGACUUAUUAAAGACAGUGGACUAUACAUGCACCUAAAUUACUAAGGAAUAUCAACUAGUUUCAGUGAUUUGUGAAAAUCAGCUAAAAUACCGAGAAAAACUUUAGACUUUAAGAAAACAGACAACUCUGUGAUAAGUUUUGAUUUAAUAUCUCUAUGGUCGUUUCUUCAUCUUAAAUUUUAUGGACUGUUGUUGAGAAGCACCUGGUUGUCUGCACUAGUUAUUAGUUAAUAUUAUGAGUUUAUCAAUCUGUUGAGACUUUAUUAAUCAGUUGAAAUGGAAACUUGUGUGCUCAUCCCCCAAGAGUUCAGCCUCUGCGUAAGGAGCCCACCACUUGGCUCUAAGGGCGAACCUGAGGUUUCAGUAUUUUCGAACACAGCGAUAGCGCAAGGAGCUCAAUGUUUUCCCUUUCAAGGGACGAUCAGAAUUGACAAGCUGGAUGUUUAUGGUCAGCUGGAAGAUGACGAUAUACGACAUAGGUUUGGAUGUUACGACGAAAUUUCAUUCGAUGGAUCGAGAAAAAUCAGACACUGCAACUGGGUACGUUUCGUAAGGAUCUCGAAUUCAUUCAACCCUUCUGUCAACUUCGUGGCGACAAAGAUGAAAGGUGAACCUGUUUAUGAGGCUGUCAAACCAAUAGCACCAGACACAGAACUCCUAGUGUAUUACCUUCCAGAAAGGCCGGAAGAACUAUUUUUUGUCAGGAUGAGGGCGUCACUCUUCAGACAGACCAUGGAUUCUAUUUUAGAAGAUUCACCUUUAGAUCUCUCAAUGUCACUUUUAUCGAGGGCCUUGAGUAGCUCACCGCCAUCAAACGAAGAUGAAAGAAAAUCAGUAUCUGGAGACAGUUCAGCAGCUAGUUCACAAGGAGAUUUACCCGAAAAAAUGAUCACGACUCCCAGAGCAAGGCCCAGAGAGAGGACGUUACUUCCAUGUGGAGUUUGCAGUAAAGCCUUCGAUAGACCGUCGUUGUUGAAAAGACACAUGAGAACACACACGGGAGAAAAACCACACGUUUGUAUGGUUUGUGGUAAAGGAUUCAGCACGUCAUCUUCGUUGAAUACGCACCGAAGGAUCCACAGCGGAGAGAAGCCACAUCAGUGUCCUGUUUGUUUGAAGAGGUUUACAGCUUCAUCGAAUCUAUAUUAUCACCGUAUGACACAUAUCAAGGAUAAACCACACAAAUGCAACCUGUGUAGUAAAUCGUUUCCAACUCCAGGUGACCUCAGAUCUCAUAUGUACGUCCAUUCUGGCUCAUGGCCCUUCAAAUGUCACAUCUGUUCGAGAGGAUUCUCAAAACAUACAAAUUUAAAAAAUCAUCUCUUCCUCCAUACUGGCAAACCAUCCGGUACUCGUAAGGGGUGAACAACAAGAAGAAUAUUCUUUACAAAAUUUCUUUUACAAAAAAAUGUAAGUGAUCUUAGUUAAGUUUAAUUUAUCUUAUUUUAUUGUUAUUUGAAUUUUAUAAAUUAUA